AUGUGGUAUCGUACUUUCAGAACCUUGGGUUAUACCAUAUGCCGUCCCUACGCAACAUGCGCAACUAAGGCUGAGCGUUUUGUUAAAACGAUAGACCCGUCAACGCUCCCUCGAGGCUACCUGGUAUCCAGCACGUACGCGGGCAUCAAGAAUGCCAUUCGGCCUGUGACGUCUACAAAUGAGCCCUCGGCGGCAACAACCAAUGUUCCGCAUCCACAGGAGGCGCCGAAACCAGACGUCGCCCUGAUUGUAUCGAGCGUUCCAGCAGCCAUUGCUGGCACAUUCACAACGAAUGUAUUCAAAGCUGCACCUGUCGUUCAUGCGACCACCGCUUUGAAAGCAGCGGGGCCAAAUGCACGUGUGAGGGCCAUCUUAACGAACAGUGGAUGUGCCAAUGCGGUCACAGGACAGCAAGGCCUUGAAGACACGCAAACACUCGUAAAUCGAGUCCAGGCACUCCUCUCCCCACGAAACCAAAAUGCUAUUCCAACGUACGAGCAAGAUGCUCGUAGCUCUUCCACAGACGUCUUAAUGAUGUCGACAGGUGUGAUUGGCGUGCGACUUCCCGUCGCCCAUAUCCAACGAUGCCUUGAGCAUCUUGCUGCACCAAGUAUUCUUCAAAGCCAUCCAGAUGCUUGGCUUGAGGCUGCUCGUGCGUAUAUGACCACAGACACUUUUCCUAAGAUACGGACGCGGCAGUUUAUUCUGGGCAACCGGCGGUGCAGUAUCGUAGGCAUCGAUAAGGGCGCAGGGAUGAUACAUCCGCGCAUGACUCGGAGCGGUGGACAGUUACAUGCUACACUACUCGGUGUGUUUGCUACAGAUGCUCCGAUCUCUAGUGCGACGCUUCAACGCUGUCUAGAUGAGGCAGUGCGAGUGUCUUUCAACUGCAUCAGUGUUGACGGCGAUAUGAGCACGAACGAUACAAUCCUCGCAUUGGCAAAUGGACAAGCACCGUUUGUGGACCUGGACUGCACAGACACUCCUAACGAAUGGACAGAGACUGAGCAUCCUGACAUGGUAAACAAGUUUGCAGAAGAGCUGAAGAGUUUGUGCAUUGAAAUGUCCCAUUUGAUUGUCCGGGAUGGCGAGGGUGCUGAAAAGUUUGUGCAAGUGCAUGUUCGGAACGCGGGCACGUAUGAACAAGCACAUGCCAUUGCUUCAUCUAUUAGCACCUCGGCACUAGUCAAGUGUGCUAUGCAUGGGGAGGAUGCCAACUGGGGACGGAUUCUCUGCUCAGCAGGAUAUGCUUCUUUACCGGCAUCUACGCCAGCAUGGACUUUGGACCCAAGUAAGGUUAAUGUAACGUUCCUGCCGCCUCCGCAUCAGCCAGAUGACUUGGCACCUCUACCUACAUUGGUGAAUGGCGUGCCACAAGCUGUGAACGAAACGCAAGCCAAAAAGCUGCUGAGCUAUGAAGACAUCUACGUGGAUGUGGAUCUACAGGGCGGUUCAUGGGGCUCGCAAGGUCGUUCCGAGGCGACUUACUGGACGUGCGACUUUAGUAAAGAGUACAUCACGGUACGUUGGUAG